AUGUCGAUGCCCUUUGUGUCUAGCCUGCGCACCUCUCUGGGCGCCACCGGCAGCAAUGCAAUGGUAUCUUCUGCCCCUGCAUCUACUGCCGGCAAGUCGGCUAUGAUGUCCAUGUUUUCGGACCUGGAUUUGGCACUGGACGCCAGUGGCGCCGUUGUUUCCAAUGCCAACGGAGGACGCUCCGCCGCCAAGGACUUGCUGGCUUCCAAAAACGCCGAAAAGCAGGCAGAAGCUGAACUUGCGGCCGCACAUGAGUUCAAGAAGCAACAACAAAAGCAACAACAGAUACAAAAGAAGGAGAAACCCGUGACGGCGUUGGGCCAGGCCAUCGAUCUCUUCGACAAAGAGAUGGACGAACGCGACUCGUUCAUGUCUCGAAACACUAAGCGACGACAAAAAGGCAGCAAGAAAACACGAGGAGGAACCUCCACGCCUUCGCGUGGCCGUCGUCAGCGCCACGACAAGUACAAACGCGUCUAA